UUUAUUUCCACCCAUUAUGGAUGAGCAAGAGCGUCUAAGCUACAAAAGAGAAUUUGACCGAGACCAUCUUGAAUACAAGAGCCUACAGGCUGGGAUGGAUGGUUUAAACCAGAACCUAGCUGACCUGGAAGGAGACUUGGACAGGCUCCCUGAGGGGAGCCCACAGUAUCUGGAUGUCUUGAAUGAAUACACUCAAGUCAAAAGCUUCAAGAAGUCCCCAGAUUACCAGAUGAAGAAGAGGAAAUGUAAAUAUCUGAAAUCCAAACUGUCACACAUCAAGACCAAAAUCAGUGAAUACGACCGCCGCCCCUGAACAUUCUCCUGUGACUUACUUCAGUUGAAGCAUAUUAUUUAAUCUCUGAAUGAAGGAUGUCUUAACCAAGCCUGCCACUAUAUUCUCACCACAAGAAAUGACUAAGAGAGUAUAGUUUUGUAUUUUUGCAUUAAGAAUACUUUCCAAAUUCAAUUGCUGUGUAUAAAAUCUGUUGUAUCUAGCUAUUAAUCUGCAUCCAUAUAUUGGCUUAUUUUAUUCUUUAAUGUCAUCUUUCUUUCUACAUGACAUUCUAAAGCUAGCUUUUGCAUACAGUAAAGUUUUAAUGCAUGAAUUUGUUAUCCAUAUUAUAUGAUUGUUUUGGAAUUUGAGAUUAAAUCUUUUUAGGUGUUUUACAGUACUUUCUUUGGAUACAUGUCAAUAAUGGAGCAGCAGCUUGCUGGAAAAUGAAGUUAUACUUUGUGAUUGUUGAUGCAUCUCUGGCCUAUCAAGUGUUUUUCUUACUGUACUAAAUUGAAUUGCAUUUGAACAACUACCAUAUGAUUUUGAUUUUGUUGUUGCUGGGGCGUUCUUUAAUUGACAUAUCUCUAGGAUUUUCAUCUCUGCAACGUAAACGGCAUUGUGCACAAUAAAACGUCGUAUUAAUUUGUACUGGGAGUUUUAAAUAAAAAUGUCAUUAAUGGGCUGUCACGGA